UUUCACUCGCCGCGCACAUGCUGCAUCGUCGUACAGCUGCGCAGCCGACCUUUCUACGUUUCUAGUGCGUGCGUGCUCCGUUAUUCUCAUUCUUGGCUGUGUCAAGGUUCCGCCUCAACGUAUCUCGUGCGGAAUCGUUUGUUCAUCGUUGCCUACUACUCCCGUUGCUCGCGCACAGUUUCACUUUAGUGAACGCUUCGUACUAAGUUGUACUAAACUCCGACGUCUGCCUACUACGACGAACCUCGCUAGUGCAUCGAGUGCGUCAUGUUUCUCUCUCGCAGUGUGUCAUCUGCCAGGCGGCUAGUAGUCGCCUCGACAGCAAUGAAACCUCCGCUCAACGGUGUGUCCGAAGUGGUCAGUUCUACACGAAACGGUCGUUCCUUCGCUAGCUCCGGAAUGAUACGUAAAGCACCAUUGACGACCCCACUAGCGGCACCGAAUAAUCAUCGUCCCAGUCCAAAGUCCACGUUGAUGCCGGAGGAAGAUACGGAUCGGUGCGAAGAUCCGUUUCAUUCGCGGACAGCGUCAUCGUCAGUGGGACGCACCCGGUGGCUGAUAAGCGAAGCGUCGCUUUCAAACGACGACCGUUCGAGGGUAGUGCUCCUUGUGCUAAACGCUGAUGACGAGGCAUUGACACGGCGAUACGAGUUUCCCGCCAUUUGGUUACGCGACAAUUGCCAAUGCGAGGCAUGCUUUCACGCUGGCUCAGUAAGCCGUGUCCUGAACUGGGAGCAGUUCGAUGUCGAACGAGUUCAUGUCGCUGCCGUGCAACCGGUCGAUGGUGGCCAUUCGUUAGAAGUACUUUGGGAAGGAGCAGAGAAUGGUGCUGUUGUGCAUCGAUCAGUCUACAACGUGGAAUGGAUGUUGGAGCGAAGUUUUCGCCAGGAAGAUAGCGAAGCCUACUUAGAGGAAUGGUACCGACCGGCACCGGAGCUGUGGGGAGCGGCAAGAUUCCAUGAGGUAAUACAGGAGUUUUCCUAUGCCGAUGUGCUACACGAAGAUGAAGCAUUGAGGCAGUGGAUCGAAGCGCUGAUCAGGUACGGCGUAGUAAUGAUCAAGAAUGCUCCGUUAACCGAGCACGAAUGUCGCCGGUUGGCGAACCGGGUUGGUUUCAUCCGGAAAACACAUUACGGCGAGGAAUUUAUCGUAAAGGCCAAGGAGGGCACGAGCAACGUGGCGUACCUGUCGACACCGCUCCAGAUGCAUACGGAUCUGCCGUACUAUGAGUACAAACCGGGCUGCAAUCUGCUGCACUGUCUGGUGCAAUCGAAGGACGCAGGCGGCGGCGGUGCCAAUCUGAUUGCCGAUGGAUUCUACGUUGCCGAGCGGGUACGGCGCGAGCAUCCGGAUCAGUUCCGGCUGCUGAGCGAAACGCUCGUCAACUGGACCGACAUCGGGGAGGAUGAAGGAGGCAAGUUUCAUAGCAUCUACCGCGCACCGGUCAUCUGCAUUAGCCGUGAUGGACAGCGGCUAGAGCGGAUCAAUCAUAGUGUACCGCAGCGUGGUAGCCACUUUUGCGUACCGAUCGAGCAGGUCGAUCGCUGGUACCGGGCGAUGCACCGAUUCGUGCGUAUCCUACACGAGGAAGCGGUCCAGUUCCGGACGGCACCCGGUGACAUCCUUACCUUCAGCAACAUCCGGGCGAUUCACGGUCGCACCGGAUACCGGGAUACGGUACAGAACACGCGCCAUCUCGUCGGUGCGUACUUGGAUUGGGACGAGAUCUACUCGAAGCUACGGGUUCUCAAGACAGCUGCCAACAAGGGACCAAAGGAAAACGUCGGAGGUUAA